AGGUUUAUUUGAGAUUUCUUUAUUAGCCUCUUCUUACCUUAGGGUUCCUUCACUUUACUCUUUGAUCUUUGUUGUUUGGGUUACUUCUGCUCUUGGGUUUUUCUCGGCAUCGUCGUCUGUUUCGGUAAUUUUGCUUAUUUGGGUCGGUUGUUCUCUUGCUAAUCUCUUCUGGGUCGGUGGCUGUUCUUCAAUUUUUGGAGUCCCUACUCUGGUUUUAGGGAUUUUGAAGUUGUUCGGGAUACGGGAUAGUUGGUGAAUUUUUUGGGUGGAAUUUCGGUAACCCAGAUGGGGGAUUCUUUGAUUUGGGGGGGCGGGAUUCUUGAUUAGCAGAUUUGCAGAGAGUUUUAGGGUUCUGAUUUCAUUCACAGUGUUACUUUGGGUUUCUGAUCGUUCUGAGAGGGCAUUGCAAAGCAAGCUUGGAUUUUUUUAGCCAGGUUUCAAGCAUACUUGUUGGGUUUGGCAUGUAUACAUGAUGUUUCAUACUCAAGGGUCUUCAAGGAAUCAUUGCAGUCUCCUUGCAGUCCUCUGUGGUAAAGUUUCCGAGAAUGAGCAGAAGCAGGCGGUUACUGGUGAUAGGCCCAAAUACCCGUUUCCAGAGCUUGCUUCAUCAGGGCGUCUUGAGGUUCAGGUUCUGAACGAUCCAAGCCCUGAUGAGUUCCGCAGGGUUCUUGAAUCAUCAGCUCCAAAUAUGGUUUAUUUGCAAGGGAAGCAGAAUGCAGAUAGUGAAGAAAUUGGGUCGUUGGUGUGGAGAGAUACUGACUUGUUCACUCCAGAAGCUUUAUCUGAACUUUUUGGCUCCACAUUGCCAACAACUGUUUACUUAGAGAUCCCAGAUGGUGACAACUUGGCAGAGAUGCUUCAUGCUAAGGGAGUCCCUUAUGUCAUAUAUUGGAACAGUACAUUUUCAUGUUAUGAAGCUUGCCAUUUUCGUCAAGCACUGUUAUCAGUGGUACAAAGUUCAUGCAGCCAUACAUGGGAUGCAUUCCAACUAGCUCAUGCUUCCUUUAGACUGUACUGUGUGAGACACAAUGAUGUCAUGCCUUCUGAUGGCCAGAAGGAAAGUAUUAAGUCAGGGCCACACCUGCUUGGAGACCCUCCCAAGAUUGAUGUUUCCAUGCCAGAGGUAGAUAUGCAGGGGGAAGAGGAAGAGUCUCCUGAAAUCCUUCCUGCGGUAAAGAUAUAUGAUGAUGAUGUUAACAUGAGGUUUCUUGUUUGUGGAUUACCGUGCAUUGUGGAUGCCAGUGCAUUGGAAUAUUUGGAGGAUGGCCUUAAUGCUCUCCUGAGCAUAGAAGUACGUGGGAGUAAGCUCCACAACCGAACAAGUGCUCCGCCACCACCUCUUCAGGCAGGGACAUUUUCUCGUGGUCUAGUGACAAUGCGAUGUGACUUUUCCACUUGUAGUUCUGCUCAUAUAUCACUCUUAGUGUCUGGUAGUGCACAGACUUGCUUUAAUGAUCAGCUUUUGGAAAAUCAUAUUAAAAAUGAGCUUAUAGAGAAUAGUCAGCUAGUCCACACACAGUCCAGCUCUGAGGACCGCAAAUUGUCUUCAUUUGAACCUCGUAGAUCAGCCUCAAUUGCUUGCGGUGCAAGUGUGUUUGAAGUUUGCAUGAAGGUUCCCACAUGGGCCUCGCAGGUUCUGAGGCAACUGGCACCAGAUGUUUCCUUCCGCAGCUUAGUGAUGUUGGGAAUUGCAAGCAUUCAAGGGUUGUCUGUUGCUUCUUUUGAAAAAGAUGAUGCUGAACGCUUGCUUUUCUUUUGCACAAGUCAGGGAAAUGAUAACCUUCAGGAUAAUUCUGUUAUUACCAGAAUUCCUAGUUGGUUGAUGCCUCCUGCACCUAGUCAUAAAAGAUCAGAACUGUCUAAAGAAGUCAAACGGUGUAAAGUAGGUGAAAAUGGAAACUAUUCUAGACAGAAAAUGAAUGUAGCUGCUAUGAGGCCAAUUCCCCACACCCGACGUCAUAAGAUGCUGCCCUUUUCUGGAUUUUCUGAGCCUGAGAAAUAUGAUGGUGACCAUGGGAAGGUUAGCUUACCUGUGGUUCCUCUAAAGCCACCUGCUCCGGUAACACAUCGUAAAGCUUUGCCUAGUUCUUAUCAGGCUCAGCAGAUUAUUUCACUAAAUCCAUUGCCUCUGAAGAAACAUGGUUGUGGUAGAGCUCCAAUACAAGUUUGCUCAGAGGAGGAAUUUUUGAGGGAUGUAAUGCAGUUUUUGAUACUCCGUGGACAUACUCGUCUAGUUCCUCAAGGUGGCCUAGCCGAGUUUCCUGAUGCAAUUUUGAAUGCAAAACGUCUUGACCUUUUCAACUUGUAUAGGGAGGUUGUUUCAAGAGGAGGCUUUCAUGUUGGGAAUGGCAUCAAUUGGAAAGGACAAGUUUUCUCAAAGAUGCGCAAUCACACAUUGACAAAUCGAAUGACUGGAGUGGGCAAUACACUAAAAAGACAUUAUGAAACUUACCUUUUAGAGUAUGAAUUGGCUCAUGAUGACGUAGAUGGAGAAUGCUGUUUGUUGUGUCACAGUAGUGCAGCAGGUGACUGGGUAAAUUGUGGAAUUUGUGGUGAGUGGGCUCACUUUGGCUGUGAUAGGCGGCAGGGGCUUGGUGCUUUUAAGGACUAUGCAAAGACGGAUGGGCUGGAGUACAUCUGCCCCCACUGCAGCAUCUCAAACUUCAAGAAGAAAUCCCAGAAAACUGCAAAUGGAUAUUAACAAAGUUUUUAACCCAGAUUUUAGAAUUCCAUAAUUAGCUCUUUUAAUUUUUCUUCUUUUUCUUCACCAAUAUAAUGCACAAGAGAAGACACGAAGUUAGGAAUGUAAUUAUUGUAUCUGUAUCCCCAAUUUCCCCCCAUUGUUGUUUUAAUAUAUAGACCAUGCCAAAUUAAGGCCUCCAAUUUUUGUACUCUAGAAAACAUAUCUCAAAGGAAGAGUUACUGUAGAAUAUAUCAUAUUUUAUUCGAAUGAAUUUAAUGAACUAGU